AUGAUUUUGAAGAGUGACGGCUCCAUUGGUCUCGUUGACUGGGGAUUUUCGGGAUUUUAUCCUCGCUUUUUUGAGCUCGCCAUACUUUAUUGUAUCUUGCCGUGGGAUGAUUCUUUUGGGAAGCCAGUCAUAUCUGAAUUUGAGAGACUGCUGAGCCUAAGUGAUCGAGAGACACAAGAUAUGAAGCUCACUACACAUGUUCGUGUAGCUAAUCUUAGACGGUCAUUCUAUGGGCCUGAAAUUGACCCAUUAGAGGAAUUCCUUCAAGAUCUUCAAUCGACGGACCCAAAACUUUACGAGGAAGCCAUGGAAUCUCGAAUGGUGAGAGCUCCUACUGAAGCCGCCACAUAG